CCAAGCUCAACCAGCGCAACUACAGAAGACACCAGCAGCACUUCCACAAAGUCACCCACUACACCGAGCUUCACAAGUGACACCAGCAGUACUUCCACAGAGCCACCCACUACUCCGAGCCCCUCU